UCUCCUCGAUACAGAAAGAUCAAGAAUAAUCUCUUCUUCGUCCUCCCAAACUCAGAAACUACACCUAUACCCAAAAUUUCAAAAGCGUAUCACCUCUAGUGCAACCAAUUGUUAGAAAGAGUAAGAGGAAGAAUUAAAGAUGUCUGCCGCUGCUCGACCGAGCAAGAAAAAACCCGAGGCUGCUGGGUCACCACCAGGAGUCAUCGGUGGCGUUGUUCCCUCAGCGCGAAGUGACGAGGACAUCGCUUUUCUGCUGGAGCGGUCGCCGAAAGAGGACCGAAAGAGAAGAAGACUCCGAUGUCCUGUUCGCGGCGAGAAGAAGGAAGCAGGAAACGAUGUUGGAGAUGAUGUUGGAGAGUCUUCGGCAGCUGCGCUUGAUCAUUGGGCUUCUAUGGAUACAAUCACGCAAGCAGCUGUACGAGCCGAACGAGUCAGCGAAUUAGUAGUCGACGCGUCGCGGUCAUUGAUGCUUUAUCGAUUCCAUGAUAUUACAACAUCAAGCACGCAGGAACAGGAUAUUAACUACAAGGAGACCACUUGUACUUCUAAGGCUACGUCGUCAAGAUCAAGCACAGACGAGGAGGAUAAGGAGAUGACCACGAUGACCACUACGGGGGCUGCGGGUGCCGUAUGCUGCUCUUCUAGUAGUACAGGAGUGUCCACCACCGCGGUGACAAAAACGUCAACCACGAACAAGAAGGUUUUCCUCAUCUAUCCUGGUCUUCAUGGUCAUGCACGCUGCGUGAACGCUUGGUACAUGGCUGAAUCUUUUUUUGCUGCAGAGAAAAAGGCAAAUCUUCAAAGUGAAACAAGAAGUCCACAGGAGGACAAUCUUCAAAGUGAAACAAGAAGUCCACAGGAGGACGUCAACAACGAGCACAUCAUCGUCUACGCCGUUGAUUACCCUGGACAUGGUGGAGCUCGUGGAGUCGCACGAGGGUUGAUAGAAUACCCAUUGAUUACGGAUAUCGCGACGAUGGCUGCGGCACAAGUGCAAGCGUGGCAUCCAGACCGUGACUUGCACUGCGCUGCUAUGAGUAUGGGUGGUGCGAUUUUACUGAGCGUUGUGACGAAGUAUGGGUUGAGGGAGAAAGAAGGAAUAGAGCAGGUCGUGGACGAUGUGGCAAUGAAGAGCGAGGAAAGUCAAAGUAAGAACAACACAACGAAAAGUACAACAGCACCAGCAACAUCAAGAACUUCAUCACGACCCACAACCACUUCUACGUCUUCGCCGGCUGCUCAGCAAACUUCAUCUCCCUCCAGGACUGCUAAGGAGCCUCUCUCUUUCGAAGAGAUUCUCGAGAACCCCAAGAAGAACUUGCGUGUGCGAUCUGUGAUUCUGACUGCGCCACUCAUUGCGCCGUACCCACUGCGCAAGGCACCAAGAUUUGCAUUGGAUUUGAUGUCACGCGCAAUGAACAAGUUGAUUCCUCGUGUAGCCGUAGCUGGCGGCGCUAAGAACAAAAAGACCGAAGAACUUCUGAUCCGUGCCACAGGAGAUGUAACCAAGAGGCAAGAAUGCAGGGAUGAUUUGCUCCAUCAUAAGGGUGGUUGCAGAGCAGGCACAGCGCAUUGCGCUUUGCAGUUGUGCUUGCGUAACAUGGACUCGGCACCAACGAGAAUGCGGAUACCGUGUUUGGCCUUAGUGGCUGAGGACGAUGCGAUGGUCGAUGACAAUGCAGUGAAGCCGUUUUUUGCGUCAGCCAAGUUGAUGCCAAGUAAAAGCGCAGUGCACAUUCUCUCAGACACGAAACACUCGAUGUUCUGUGAAAGCAAGGAAAAGCUAGCGCGAACGACAGUACCGAUUCUGGCAGAUUGGUUUGCUUCUUUCGCCGCGCCAACUUCUAGUUCGCAGGAGCAAGCGCAGUUGUAAAGAGAUAGGCCUACUAACAGCGCUGAGUCGUGAUCGACUACUGCAGCAGACUUUUUGAACCAUAUUUUCGCCGGCAACUGAAGUUUCCGAUUUAGAAGUACUGGAACAACUACAUGUAAGAGAAACAAGUAGCAGACAGGGAACAAGAUCAUAACGAACGAACCCCGACACAUUUAUUUUCCAUGUUGGUGUGGCAGUCGUAAGAUGAACAUAGAUACUACUACUUCACAUGAAAUUAUAUCUGAACUUGAUGUUGUACAGAAAUAAAUGCGCAUGUACUACAACUAAGGUUGAUGUUCAUUUUAGCAUGCUUCACGUUCACACGCAAACUCAAGAACACGACACGUAAGUACAUUUUUUCUUAACCCGCUCAUUUCCCCUGCUUCGUUGUCCGAACACGACCGACUGCGCCACCUCCUUUGAAUGACUCGUUCAUGAGGACAAAAUGUUCUCGAUUAUAACGAAUGUAUUCCCAAACCUGAGGCACUGCUGAUUCGAAGUUUAUAUGUACUUAAGUAGCCGGUUCGUUCUAAGGAAAAGACGAGCUUCAUUGAUGUAAACGCUCGAAGAAAGUUCUCUGCAGGCUAGUGCGUUAUUGCCAG